CAUUAUACGAUAUGAAGUUCCUCACACUCGUUGCUCUCCUAUUCGGGAUGAUUUUCUUCGAAGAAGCGAAUACAACCAAAAAAGUGCAAUGUGUGCAAUGCAAAUCUACCGAUGUGAACAGUAGCUGUCGAUUAGGGGACUGGAGGAUAUCUGAAUCUUGUUAUGGACGCUACUGCUUCGCAUACCUUCAGCCAAGUGAGCUUUCCCUCGUAUUAAACAAGCCAACUAAACCAUUUUGGACCAGAGGUUGCACCACAUCGAAGAAAACAUGCAAGGGCUCAGGACGAAAAGGAUGCAUGUUAUGCUACGAGGAUAAAUGCAACAUAAACGAACUCCCCACGAAAUAAGACAUUUUUCCUACAAUUGAUACAGCGAUAUGAUAAAAUUCACCACAAAUAAAAAUGAGCAGAUAU